GACUGAGGACGACUCCAGCGCCCCGAGAUCCAGCCACUGGAGAUCUGGGGAGCUCAAAGGUUGUGAAGAUGGGAUCUGUCACUGGGGCUGUCCUCAAGACGUUACUUCUGUUAUCUGCUCAGAGCUGGAGCAGAGUAGAAGCUGGGAAUUCCUAUGACUGUGACGAUCCCCUGGUGUCUGCUUUGCCUCAGGCGUCUUUCAGUAGUUCUUCAGAGCUCUCCAGCAGCCAUGGUCCUGGGUUUGCAAGGCUGAAUCGAAGAGAUGGAGCAGGUGGCUGGUCUCCACUCGUGUCCAACAAAUACCAGUGGCUACAGAUUGACCUUGGAGAGAGAAUGGAAAUCACAUCAGUGGCUACCCAAGGUGGAUAUGGGAGCUCCAACUGGGUGACCAGCUACCUCCUGAUGUUCAGUGACAGUGGCAGGAACUGGAAGCAGUAUCGACAGGAAGACAGCAUCUGGGGUUUUUCUGGAAAUGCAAACGCAGACAGCGUUGUAUACUAUAGACUCCAGCCUUCUAUCAAAGCCAGAUUUGUGCGCUUCAUCCCGCUUGAGUGGAACCCCAAGGGCAGGAUUGGAAUGCGGAUCGAAGCGUUCGGGUGUGCAUACCGAUCAGCAGUGAUUGAUCUUGAUGGAAAGAGUUCUCUUCUCUACCGAUUUGAUCAAAACUCCCUGAGCCCAAUAAGAGAUAUCAUUUCUUUGAAAUUCAAAACCAUGCAGAGUGAUGGGAUUCUACUCCACAGGGCGGGACCCACUGGAGAUCUGAUUACAUUGGAGUUAAGAAGAGGAAAACUCUUUUUAAUUAUUAAUUCAGGUGAAGCUAGACUGCCCUCCAUUCCUGCCCCUGUCAACCUUACCCUGGGCAGCCUACUGGAUGACCAACACUGGCAUUCUGUGCUCAUCCAGAGACUGGGCAAACAGGUCAACUUCACAGUGGACGAACACAGGCAUCGCUUCCAUGCACAGGGAGAAUUCAAUUACCUGGAUCUUGAUUAUGAGAUCAGCUUUGGAGGGAUGCCAGCACCUACAAAAUCAGUGUCAUUGCCACAUAAGAAUUUUCGUGGAUGUGUAGAAAAUCUCUAUUAUAAUGGCGUCAAUAUCAUUGGCUUGGUCAAGCAACACCACCCUCAAAUCAUCACCAUGGGAAAUGUGUCAUUUUCUUGUUCACAACCACAGUCCGUGCCUCUGACUUUUCUGAGUACCAGGAGUUACUUACUACUACCAGCCUUUUCCAAAGAGGAGGAGAUUGCAGCCAGUUUUCAAUUUCGAACGUGGAAUAAGGCAGGACUUUUGCUCUUCAGUGAACUUCAACUGGUUUCAGGUGGUCUUCUUCUCUUGCUUAGUGAUGGGAAACUUAAGCUGAAUCUGCAGCAGCCAGGAAAAUCACCCAGUGACAUCACAGCAGGUGCUGGAUUAGAUGAUGGCCAGUGGCAUUCAGUGUCCUUAUCUGCUAAAAGGAAUCAUUUGAGUGUGGUUGUGGACGGCCAUGUCACCUCUGCUUCUCUGUGGCUGGGGCCGGAACAGAUUUAUUCAGGUGGCAUCUAUUACUUUGGAGGUUGUCCAGAAAAAAGCUUUGGAUCCAAGUGUAAAAGCCCACUUGGUGGAUUUCAGGGAUGCAUGAGACUUAUCUCCAUCAGCAACAAAAUGGUAGACCUGAUUGCAGUCCAGCAGGGGUCCCUUGGCAACUUCAGUGACCUUCAGAUAGACUCCUGUGGCAUCUCAGACAGGUGUUUGCCCAACUACUGUGAGCACGGGGGCGAGUGCUCUCAGUCCUGGAGCAACUUUCACUGUAACUGCACAAACACUGGAUACACAGGUGCUACCUGUCAUAGCUCUCUCUAUGAGCAGUCAUGUGAAGCCUAUAAACACCAAGGAAAUACUUCAGGAUUUUACUAUGUAGAUGCAGAUGGAAGUGGUCCUCUGCGACCCGUUCUCCUGUAUUGUAACAUGACUGAAACGGCAUGGACCAUCAUACAACACAACGGCUCAGACUUAACCAGAGUCAGGAACACUCACCCAGAGAACCCGUACACUGGGGUUUUUGAGUAUGUGGUUAACAUGAAACAACUUCAGGCCACGAUUAACCGUGCGGAGCACUGCGAACAGGAGCUUGCUUACUACUGCAAGAAGUCACGGCUUGCUAAUCAGCAAGAUGGAACUCCUUGGAGCUGGUGGGUUGGGAGGACCAAUGAAACACAGACUUAUUGGGGAGGGUCUUUGCCCAAUCCUCAAAAAUGCACAUGUGGCUUGGAAGGAAACUGCAUUGAUGCUCAGUACUACUGCAAUUGUGAUGCUGACCGGAGCGAAUGGACCAAUGACACUGGAUUCCUGUCUUAUAAAGAACAUCUGCCAGUCACUAAGAUAGUGAUUACAGACACAGGCCGGCCCCAUUCAGAAGCUGCUUAUAAACUGGGGCCCCUGCUCUGCCGGGGAGACAGUGGGACGGCCACGCGGCAAAGGGGCUUCCUGGGCUGCAUCAGGUCUCUGCAGUUGAAUGGGAUGGCCCUGGAUCUGGAAGAACGAGCCAUGGUGACUCCUGGGGUGCAGCCAGGCUGUCGAGGGCACUGUGGCAGCUAUGGGAAGCUCUGUCGCAAUGGAGGGAAGUGCAGGGAGAAGCCCAGUGGAUUCUUCUGUGACUGCUCUUUCUCUGCCUACGCAGGGCCAUUCUGUUCUGAUGAAAUUUCUGCAUAUUUUGGAUCCAGCUCCUCUGUGAUUUACAAUUUUCAAGAAAAUUAUUCCUUAAGUAAAAACUCUACCUCCCAGGCAGCUUCAUUUCAUGGUGAUAUGAAGCUGAGUAGAGAAACGAUCAAAUUUAGCUUCCGAACAACACGGGCACCAAGCUUGCUGCUUUAUAUGAGCUCCUUUUACAAAGAAUACCUUUCUGUUAUCAUUGCAAAAAAUGGAAGUUUGCAGAUAAGAUACAAGUUAAGUAGAUAUCAAGACCCUGAUGUCCUUAACUUUGACUUUAAGAGCAUGGCAGAUGGACAACUUCACCACAUAAAGAUUAACAGAGAAGAAGGAAUGGUCUUUGUGGAGAUUGACGAGAGUAUAAGCAGACGAGCCUACUUGUCAUCAGGCACAGAAUUCAGUGCAGUCAAAUCUCUGGUACUGGGAAAGAUGCUCGAGCACAGUGAGGUAGACCAGGAGACUGCGAUGGCUGCAGCCCACGGCUUCAUAGGCUGCCUCUCUGCAGUGCAGUUCAGCCAUGUGGCCCCCCUGAAGGCUGCUCUGCACCCUAGACACCCAGCUCCUGUCAUGGUGACAGGGCAUGUGACAGAGUCCAGCUGUGUGACCCCUGCUGGCACUGAUGCGACAUCCAGGGAAAGGACACAUUCCUUUACAGAUCAUUCUGGAACCAUGGAUGAUAAAGAACCUCUCUCUCAUGCAAUCAAAAGUGACUCUGCAGUAAUUGGAGGUCUGAUAGCUGUGGUGAUCUUUAUUUUGCUUUGCAUCACUGCCAUAGCUGUUCGCAUUUAUCAGCAGAAAAGGUUAUACAAAAGAAAUGAAGCAAAAAGGUCAGAGAACGUAGACAGUGCCGAGGCUGUUUUGAAAACUAGGGGCUCUCAGUGGACAAGAACUGGUUCUAACCCUGAAGGUACUGGUGAUGGAUCUGCAGCACAUAUACCUUGCUGUGUCCAAGCUCAGGAUGGCUCUGGGCCAUCUCCUCCAGUGACACUUCCCACCGCCAUCUUUCUGUGUAACAAAGGCGCUAGCUACUGAUGUUCCUUUCCGACUUUCAGACAUGAUCAAAACAAGUUUAACUCACUUAAAGACUACAGUUUUUAAAUGUAAGAACUGUAGCCUGGUCUCUUCACUAUGUAAAACAUAAAUUUUGUUAGAGGUAAGAAAUUAAAAUUGGAUCCUGCUUUAUUUGAGACCAUAUGCCACGUUCGCUUUAGUCUUUCCAUGUGGUGUUCAUGGGCCGGGAAAUGCUUCUGAGAUCUUGUUUGGCUGAUGCUUGCAUCCUCAAUGGCCAAAAGUCUAUAUUUAAAGCCCUUUUGCCUUCCUCUGUAUUACAUUCAAUACAUUGAUAGUCUGGAAAAAAAUGUUCUGUUGUCCCUGGCUUGUUCAUAUUGCUCUUUUUCUAUUUGGCUCUUCUUAAUACUUUUUAAUGGAUUUGGGUUUGUGUGUCUGACUUUAAUGCUGAACAUAAAAUUACUAUAUAAAAAGACUCAGAAAGUACAGUGGUUGUCAAUAUGUGGUGUCAUGCUUUUAAGAAGGUCUUCUAAUUAAUUUGUUAU